AUGCUUAUUGCGCGUGAAAUAUUUCUAAGUUUCUUGUUAAUAUUUUUUGUGACACCUGCCUUUAUCGCUGCUACCAUGAAGCCAUAUGAUCGAAACGAUCCUAGCACUUGGAGUUCGCAUGAACUCAAAGAAUGGUUAUCAGAAAAUCGUAUACCUUACAAAGGCAUUCCAGAAAGGCAAGAGUUGGUCAAUUUGGUCAAUGUUCAUAAGCCUCAAGUAUCAAAGACAACUAAAGAUUCUAUAGAAGAUUUUGUAAGUCAAUAUCUUGGAUCUCUUAAAGAUGGCGACUAUGAUAUGAAAGAACUUGUCCCAGAAAAACUCAACGAAUACACUCAGAAAGUCGCUAGUCAAUUUGAAAGUCUUAGACAGGCAAAUUUUCUUACCGAAGAACAGAUUAGUUCUGUUUUUGACCAAAUAUUCGAACGGUUAAAAAGUACGAAAGCUGCUGCGAAUAAAAAUUUAGAAAAAUCACUUAAUCAAAUCAAGGAUUCAUAUGCUCUAGCUAAAGAACGUAGAGAUGCUAUUAUUCAUGAUGCUUCAAGCAGAAUUGAAAAAGAUGUAUCAACCAGUAAGGAAGUAUCUCAAAAUACUGUGGACUGGUUUAAAGAAGAAAUUAAUAAAUUGAGCGAAACAGGGGCUUUUGCCAAAUCACGUCUUGGAACUCAAAUCAGCCUGAUUUUACAUGGUAUUCAGGAGAGAUUGACACAAAAUAAAAUCGCGACUGCUGAUCAAAUUAACGCCAUUUAUGAUAAAUUAAGUGCGGCUGUUGAUGAUUCUUAUCGGUCUAUUAAUGGAACUUUAGAACGAAUUCGUAGUGAACUAUCCAAUACAAUCGGAAGUACGGCUGAAUCUUUUAUUGAAGAAGUACGAAAUCAGUUAUCUACCGUUAAUGAUUAUCGUCUUCUGACUCAGGAGAAAAUUCAGGGUAUACUUGAUAAUAUUGGUCAAAAAUUCCAAGAUGGCAAGACUUUAACUGUUGAACAGCUUCAAUAUAUAAAAGAUACAUUUAAUCGAGGUUUCGGUGCCGUCAGACAUUACUACAAUUCUGCUACUAAUCAGGUGAAACAAGAUGCUUACGAGACUAAGGAAGCUAGAGAAGAACGUUUAAAUAAAAUUAUUAAAGAUAUUCAAGACAGAAUUCAGGAAAUGAGGAAAAAAGGGGACCAAAAACUUUCCCUGCAUGAAAUAGAACAUGAUAUCACGCUACAACAACUUAAUCCUGGACAAGCAAGGAUCCUUUCCGAUGUUAUAAAGGAACAGUUUGGAAAUCUACAAAAUAUUCGUGAUAUUACUGAAGAAAAGGUCACUUCUUUUUUGACUACUCUAAAAGUCAAGUUUGGUGAUGCCGCUGAAUAUAUGGGCGAAACUUAUGAUACGGUUAAAGAAAGAGUUUAUGAUGGAUAUAGUAGUGUGGGUGAACAGUUGAAUGAAGGUUAUCAGGCUGCUAGGAACAAAGCUUCGGAAGGUUACGACAAAACAUCCGAGAAAUUAGGUUUUGAUAAGAUGAAAGAGCAAGUAAAGCAUGAAAAAGAUGAAUUGUAA